AGGGAUGCACAUCCAGCAAAAUGAGACCAUUUAUAUAUAGUCUGCCCCAACACGUCGAUGUGCACCGAUCGGCUCAAGGCGCCCAAAAACCAAAACCAACAAAAGCAUUUUCUCUCACUUCUUCGGUUCUCUCUUCUUCGAUAUCUUCUCUGAAGUCUGGUCGAUGGCCGCCGUGCAGCCGCACGUAGCACCUCGCCAGCAUCCGCCGCCGUCCCAGCCACCGGCACCAGCACCAGCACCGUUGUCGUCACCGGCGGUUGUUGUGCUUCCGUGCAAGAGGAGACACGCUGACGUCGCCCGCAUCAAGAAGGAGGGCGUGGCGGAGUCGUGCUGCCGCCCGUCGGAGCCAGUGCUGAUCUACCUCGACAGCGGCAGCGACGAUGAGGACGAUGGGUGCGGCAGCUGCGUUGACGGCGGCGAGAGCGGUGGAGGACAAGACGAGGAGGAAGUGAGCGGGAGCGUCGUCGCCUGGUGGAGCCAAGAGGCCACCACCCGCCGUUGCUUCCUUUGGGCGAACGGGAGUAGAACAGCCGAAGACGAACUCGCCGGCGUCGAGAGGGACGGCGACCCGAAGGCGGCGGCGGCGAGGCGGCAGGAGGAGGAUCGCAAGUUCUGGGAGGCGUGCCUGGCCUCCGGCUACCCCUGAAGCUGCAGGAGGGGCAGGCCAGGUCAAAUCGCGGUGGCCACGCCAUGCAUGAGCGCGCGCGCGUUUCCUUCAUUAGUUUUGUUUAUUGUUGAUUCAACAACCACUUCAACAAGUUUGUGCUUAAUUUGGACAGCGUUAUAGGUUAGUAGAGUUUGUGUUCGGCGUGUAAAAUGCAAUCACGAAACUCUAAGUGCGUAGGAAAUAAGUAAAUAACCUUCCUAGGUGUCAUGCAGUGUGUGCAACAGUGCAAGUGCAGUACCAACACUCACCGAUUCAGUCAUCCAGAAAUUGUAACAUGCUCUGGAUUCUAUAUCCACUUCCUUCUGUUUCUUUUGUGAGGCAA